AGUCGCUUCUCGCGGUUGUUGUUGUUGCCGUGUUGUAGCAGCUUGUAGUCGGUUUGUGCGUGGAAAGAAAAGUGCGUUAUUGUUAGUUGACUCUCCUCAUCAUCAUCAUCAUCAUCAUCAUCAUCAUCAUCAUCAUCCUCAUCCUCUUCUUCUUCCGGCCCUGCUGUGCAGCGAAGCCGGGAGCUGGAGUUUGCAGCACACGGCGGGACUCACCAUGGCGGUAAACCUGGACAAGGAAGCGUACUACCGCCGGAUCAAGAGACUCUACAGCAACUGGAAGAAAGGAGAAGAUGAGUUUGGCAAAGUCGAUGCCAUCGUGGUGUCUGUGGGAGUGGACGAGGAGAUCGUGUACGCCAAAUCCACAGCCAUACAGACGUGGCUGUUUGGCUACGAGCUGACGGACACCAUCAUGGUGUUUUGCGACACCAAAAUCAUCUUCCUCGCCAGCAAGAAGAAGGUGGAUUUCCUCAAACAGGUGGCCGUGACGAAAGGCAACGAGAACGCCAACGGCGUCCCGCCCAUCACACUGCUCACCAGAGAAAAGAAUGAAAGCAACAAGGCCAACUUCGACAAGAUGAUCGAGGCGAUCCGAGGCAGCAAAGAAGGCAAGACGGUCGGCAUCUUCAGCAAGGACAAGUUUCCCGGAGAGUACAUGAAGAGCUGGAACGACACGAUCACGGCCGAGGGGCUGGAGAAGGUCGACAUCAGCGCCGUGGUCGCCUACACGAUGGCGGUGAAAGAAGACGGAGAGCUGGGCCUGAUGAAGAAGGCGGCGGCCAUCACCAGCGAGGUUUACUCCAAGUUCUUCAAGGAGCGCGUCAUGGAAAUCGUCGACGCAGAUGAGAAAGUGCGUCACAGCAAGCUGGCGGAGUCGGUGGAGAAGGCCAUCGAGGAGAAGAAAUACCUAGGCGGUGCAGAUCCGUCCACGGUGGAGAUGUGUUAUCCUCCCAUCAUCCAGAGCGGAGGCAACUACAGCCUCAAGUUCAGCGUCGUCAGCGAUAAGAACCACAUGCACUUCGGUGCCAUCACGUGUGCCAUGGGGAUCCGCUACAAGUCGUACUGCUCCAACCUGGUGCGCACGCUCAUGGUGGACCCCCCGCAGGAGAUGCAGGACAACUACAACUUCCUGCUGCAGGUGGAGGAGGAGCUGCUCAAACAGCUCAAGCACGGUGUAAAAAUCAGCGAUGCCUACAACACUGUACUGGAGUACGUGAAGAAAGAGAAGGCGGAUCUUGUAUCGAAGCUGACCAAAAACCUCGGCUUUGCGAUGGGAAUCGAGUUCAGAGAAGGCUCGUUGGUUUUGAACGCGAAAAAUCAGUACAAACUGAAAAAAGGCAUGGUGUUGAGUAUCAGUUUGGGGUUUGCUGACCUCUUGAAUAAAGAAGGCAAGAAAGACGAGCAGAAGAAGUACGCUUUGUUUAUCGGCGACACAAUACAGAUCAACGAGGAAGAGGCUGCCACGAUACUCACACCGGUCAAGAAAAAGAUAAAAAACGUGGGAAUCUUCUUGAAGAAUGACGACGAAGACGACGAGGAGGAGGAUGGUGACGACGCCGAGGAGCUGCUGGGGAAAGGAGCUCGCAGUGCCGCCCUGCUCGCAGACAGAACCAGAAACGAGAUGACGGCGGAGGAGAAGAGGCGAGCCCACCAGAAGGAGUUGGCGAAUCACUUGAACGAAGAAGCCAAGCGUCGUCUGACGGAGCAGAAAGGAGAGCAGCAGAUCCAGAAGGCCAGAAAAUCUAACGUGUCCUAUAAGAACGUCUCUCAGAUGCCCAGAGAAAAGGACAUCAGAGAAAUGAAGAUCUUCAUCGACAAGAAAUACGAGACCGUCGUCAUGCCCGUUUUCGGUAUCGCCACACCGUUCCACAUCGCCACCAUCAAGAACAUCAGUAUGUCUGUAGAAGGAGACUACACCUACCUGAGGAUCAACUUCUACGUCCCUGGAAGCUCCCUAGGACGACAGGAGGGAAACAUCUUCCCCAACCCAGACGCCACAUUUGUUAAAGAAAUCACGUACCGAGCGUCCAAUCUGAAAGCUCCUGGCGACACGUCGGUUCCCUCCACCAACCUCCAGAACGCUUUCCGCAUCAUCAAGGAGGUACAGAAGCGCUACAAGACGCGAGAGGCCGAAGAGAAGGAGAAGGAAGGCAUCGUCAAGCAAGACUCGCUGGUCAUCAACCUCAACCGCAGCAAUCCCAAGCUCAAAGACCUCUACAUCAGACCCAACAUCGCACAGAAGAGGAUGCAGGGCUCGCUGGAGGCGCAUACUAAUGGUUUCCGCUUCACGUCAGUCCGCGGCGACAAAGUGGACAUUCUUUACAACAACAUCAAACACGCCAUCUUCCAGCCAUGCGACGGGGAGAUGAUCAUCGUACUGCACUUCCACCUCAAGAACGCCAUCAUGUUCGGUAAGCGCCGUCACACAGACGUCCAGUUCUACACGGAGGUCGGCGAAAUCACCACAGACUUGGGCAAACACCAACACAUGCACGACAGGGACGACCUGUACGCCGAGCAGAUGGAGCGGGAGAUGAGGCACAAGCUCAAGUCGGCCUUCAAGAACUUCAUCGAGAAGGUGGAGACGCUGACUAAAGAGGAGCUGGAGUUCGAGGUGCCGUUCAGAGACCUCGGGUUCCAGGGCGCCCCCUACAGGAGUACCUGCCUGCUACAACCCACGUCCAGUUCCCUUGUCAAUGUUACUGAAUGGCCGCCUUUUGUCGUGACCCUGGACGAGGUGGAGUUGGUCCACUUUGAGCGCGUGCAGUUCCACCUGAAGAACUUCGACGUGGUCAUCGUCUACAAGGACUACAACAAGAAGGUCACCAUGAUCAACGCCGUGCCCGUCAACUCCCUCGAUCCCAUCAAGGAGUGGCUCAACUCGUGUGACAUAAAGUACACGGAGGGAGUCCAGUCUCUGAACUGGACCAAGAUCAUGAAGACCAUCGUCGAUGAUCCCGAGGGCUUCUUCGAGCAGGGAGGCUGGUCUUUCUUGGACCCAGAGAGCGAGGGAAGCGGCGCAGAGGAAGAUUCAGAGUCCGAAAUGGAGGAUGAGACGUUCAACCCGUCUGCAGAUGAAGACGAGGAGGAGGAGGAAGACAGUGACGAAGACUACGACUCAGAGACAGAGGAGUCUGGUUCGAAUUACAGCGCGUCAGUCGGCAGUGAGGAGGAGAGCGGCAAAGACUGGGACGAGCUGGAGGAAGAAGCCAGAAAAGCUGACAGAGAGAGCCACUACGAGGACGAGGACACGUCGACCACCAACAAGAAGAGAAAGGGCCGGUCAGUGGCUCCGCCCAGCAAGAAGAAGCGACGGUCCUAAAUAUCACACACACACACACACACACACACACACACACACACACACUGCCAAACCUAGUUGACCCUCUUCCCUCUACCCCAACUGGCUCUUUUGACUCGUACACACACACACACACACACACACACACACACACACACACAGUGUAUAUAGACGUAGAAGCUCCUUAUUUCCGUGUUGGUCAGUGAAGUGUCAUGUUGAAAUGGUAAAGAACGAACCAGCAGGACAGUCGCACACACUUCAUUCAUUAGCUUUUGUUUUUUUACCCCGUCUUCAUUCCUUCCUCGCUCUCUUUUGUUUCCUCGGUCCAGCCAUCAGGGUUUUAUGUUUGUGUGUGUGUGUGUGUGUGUGUGCAUGUUGGUUUAAAUGGGUUUUUAUUGCGAGCAUUGUUUAUUUUCUGUUAAAAUAAAAAAAAGCUGAGUUUCUUAAUAAUGGGAUUAAUAAAAGAAAAGACUUGACAUAUCCUCUGCCAAGUGUUUUUAUAUAAAAACUUCUGAUCGACCCCGCCCCUGUCCUGUCCUCUCCACGUCUCUGUCUUCUUUCCCCUCAUUGUUUUCUUCAGUGUUUGUUAAAUUGUGCUAAGAUAAGAUGAUUCUGUUUGUUUUUUGAGGGGGGCAGAUACAUUUUCUGAUUCUUCUUUUUUGUAAAUGGGGUUUGUAAAUGCACACACACACACACACACACA